AGCGUCAGCCGCAGACGCUAUUCGCCGGGGAAUCCACGGUGCCGCUCGCCUCUUAUCCCUCCAAAGUCCAAAUCCAAACUCCAUGAGAGAGAGAGGGGGGGAGAGAGUCGAACGCGAGGAAUAUUUUCUCAAUCGAAUAAGUAUAUCUCGAGAAAGAAAAUAAAAAUAUCACACCACUAGUAUGGCGCUGCUGAGCCCGCGUGUUCCGCGGCUGCCGCUCGCCGCCCACUCCGCCUGCGCCGGCGUCGGAUCCCUCCUGUGCUGCGGCCGGGUUGCUGCCUCCGCUGCGCGAUGCCAAGUGACGGCGUCGGGAAGCGUGGCGGCGGGCUCCUCGUCGUCGUCGGAGCUGGAGGCCAUCCGGUGGGGCAGCGCCAAGCUGCAGGGAGCUCGCGAGGAGAUGGAGGACGAGGUCGUCCUCCGCCCCGACUCCCUCCUCCACGGCUUCUCCUUCGCCGCCGUCCUCGACGGCCACGCCGGUUUUUCCACCGUCCAGUUCCUGAGGGACGAGUUGUUCAAGGAAUGCGCGGCCGCGUUGGACGGGGGCGCGGUGCUUAACACCAAGAAUCUCGAGGCCAUCACGGACUCGAUCAGGCGUGCCUUUGCCACCAUGGACGCCAACCUCUCCACCUGGCUUCAGCAAAUGGAUAAGGAAGACGACUCUGGUGCCACGGCCACGGCCUUGUUUCUGAGGAACGAUGUCCUCGUUGUCUCGCACAUUGGCGACUCCUGCUUGCAGGUCAUAUCGCGUGGUGGAAGACCUCAGUCUCUGACAAAUUUUCAUCGACCAUACGGGAACAACAAAACAUCCCUUGAAGAGGUCAAGCGGAUUAGGGCAGCAGGUGGAUGGAUUCGUGAUGGACGCGUAUGUGGAGACAUUUCUGUAUCUCGUGCUUUUGGAGACAUAAGAUUUAAAACACGGAAGAAUGAGAUGCUAGUAAAAGGAGUUAAAGAAGGAAGAUGGACUGAAAAAUUCGUUUCACGAAUAAAAUUUAAAGGGGAUCUAAUAAUCUCUUCACCUGACGUAUCUCUGGUGGAGCUUGGACCAGAUGCGGAAUUUGUUUUGGUAGCAACCGAUGGCCUUUGGGAUUACAUUAAAAGCACUGAAGCUGUAGCUUUUGUCAGAGAUCAACUAUGUCAACAUGGAGAUGUCCAGCGGGCCUGUGAGGCGCUUGGGGAGAAAGCUCUGGAUCGGCGGUCACAAGACAAUAUUAGCAUAGUCAUAGCUGACUUGGGGAGGACAAACUGGCAGGAGUUGCCCGUUCCAAGGCCAAACGUGUUGUUGGAGCUAAGUCAAGCAGUUGCGACUGUAGGGGCUGUAUCAGUAGGAAUUUGGAUUUCAUCGCUUCUCACUUUGCAAUAGGCCUAGUUAAGGUCGGGGGUGUACAUUUUCACAUCUUCGGCUCCAGCUGCAAAUAUGUAUGUACAUCCUUAUAGGUAAUUAGUUUCCUGAUUAAACUGUUUAGUGGUAUCAGGACUGAUGAAAAGAAGAAGAGAAACUUGUGCUCCAGCUGCUAUCUGGCAGCGUACUACAAUAGGGACCUGUGAGACGCCCGUCUAAACUUUCCUUUUCUCUUUCCCGUUUUAUUGGGGAUAUAAAACCUUAAAAUUUGGCACGCGACCAACAACAUUUGAUACCAUCA